GAUAAAGUGCCAAGAUGCGACUCUGCCAUUUGUCCGCUUCUUUGAGGCUCCCACGAUGAGUGCUGACCAAGUAGUCAGCACCCUGAAGGAGCUUGCUCAGGAGCAGAAUGCAGAUGUCAAGCUCUUGGCGGCGCUCUCUCGAAGGUACUACGGCCAUGCCGAGGAAUUUUUCCCUCCACAGAUCGAAGAUGUCCUAGGCUCUUUCGCAGCCCUGGGAUUUGCGGACGAGAACCUCCUCAAAGGCAUCGAAGGCCGGAUCGAAGACCUGGCUUCAGAUGCGUCGCCCCGGCGUGUGGUGAGAGUACUCAGAUCCGGUGCUUCACUCCGGCUCGAUCCGGAG